CGCAUUCGGCAGAAUAACAUGAUAGUUUGAUAGACAAAUUAAUCGGUCAUUGUAAAAAGCUUUUUUAAGUUUAAUUUUUAAGUAUGAAGGUGUUCGAAGUAAAUAGCUGUUGUUUCUGUUGUCCACUUCGAUGGGGGAUUUUACUAUUUGGAUAUAUUAAUAUGGCAUUUUCCAUGUUGGCCGCUUUCACGCUAGCAGUGGAAAUUGAAAUACGGGAACGGUCAGGACGGACAGCAGUGGAAUUGACCGGGGCAUUUCUUUUCGCCAUUUUCGGGAUGAGCGUCAUACUAAGCAUUCUUCUCGUGUAUGCUACUUAUGAGAAAGACAGAGUAAUGCUGCGUCUAUACAACAUAUAUGCAGUGGCAACAGCAAUGGCGACGGUCAUACCCCUUGCUCUUUUGUUAUACAUGCAUGAAUAUUUUGCCGCCACUGUUGCUUUCCUCGGUAUUGUUCUGCAGAGCUACGUGAUUAUCCUAGUGAGAAGCGAAGUACUAAAUUUGGAGAAGAUCGCGAGAAGGAAAAACGUGGAGCCACCAUUUCCUGAAGACGGACUCGUGGAUAUUCCUGAUAGAGAACUUCUUAUAUAAAAACUGAUUGCUGGACCGGGUGCACAGGUGGACGCCCGCGGGAUAGUCGGUCGUGACUUACUCUCCACAGCCCAUUGUCUGGAGCGUUCAUUGAAAUAAUAUGGGGCAAUGUUAAGUGGACGCGGCAGACGUUUUGUUGCAAAUUGGCGAUUUUGCAAUCUACUCCGAUAUUUGGCAACGCAAGAUGGUCCGUUUGGACGAUUCACAGAAACUUCCUACGUCUCACGACACCAUUAUCGUUCGUUUGUUUUUGCAGUCGUUGAUUUAAUUAAGUUCGAAAUCAUGAUACUGCAAUGUGUCGCGCUUUUUUAUUCUUUUAACCACAUCUCCAUUUAAACAUGUGUUUCAUGAUCUAAUUAAUUGUUUUUUGAAACAACCAUGUAGGUAUUCCGCAGAGGGAGCCGAGGGCGUUUCUAGUAAGGUAAUAAUUUCGGUCGUAUCAUUACUAUAAUUUGCUAUGUAUUUAUUACAAGUUAUUCACGAAUGGGCGGCAGCUGGCAUUCGGCUGAGAAAAGCCUGAAAAGCCGCAAACUGUCUGCACAGACGCACGACUGCUCGACAAUUGUGUGCUUGAAGGACGAAGCGAUCUUAUCUGUUAUAAGUCUUUUAUAAGCCAUUUUUAUCGUGCAUUAAUUCCAGACGUGCUUUCAAAAUAUAAAUAUAUAAGUAAUUAAUUAUAUAAGUACCAGCCCAAUAGACACCUGAGGCAUUUUGUAUUAAACGUUAAAGGGUUUUGUUUUAUUAUAAAUUCCAACAGUCUAUCGAUUUUAUCAUUAGUUAAUUUCAUAUACAACGUAUUCAGCAUUUAUCUCUAAAGAAGUAAAUCUAAAGUAAAAUAUGAAAUUCUAGCGACAAAUCAGAGUGCUUCUAGUUAGGUAAUGUUGCAUAAAAAUUAAGACCAUUUUGCUCUUCAUAUUAAUUAACCAAAUUACUUAAUGGCGACAAUUAAGAGUCGCGAAUAUUCUACGACAAAUGGCGUCAGGCGGCCAUUUUUUUUUAAAUCUAGGAACUGGAACUUUCGCCUGGGACGGAUUAAGGUAAUAAGAUACUAUGUGAUUACUCUAACCGCAAGAUAAGGUAUUUUCCGUUAAUUUGAUGUCACUAAAGUUCGUUAGAAAACACUUGAAAGCUCACUUUAUUUUUAUUCGUAUCAAUUGGGCUAAUUUUAAAAAAUGGUUAUA